CUGACGCACAGAGUGAGCCUCGGCUCUGAAUAGACGAUCUUUGCAGACGUCAAGCAGCCAUACAUCUCUGUCAGCUGACGGAGGUUCGCUGCUCCCUGCUGUCAUAUAGUCCGUGGUCCCGCUGCUCUCAUGAGGACUGACCCAGUCUAAGGACCAGGACCCGAGGAGUCCACGUACAGGAAGACACGACGAGCAGCCAGAGAAACCGCUGACACCUGACAGCUCAGCAGCAUCAUCAUCAUCAUCAUCAUCAUCAUCAGCGUCAUCAUCACCAACCCACAGGUAUGUCUGCCGUUAAAAAGAAGCAGGUUCGCUUCGCCAGCAUGGAGGACGAGGACGACCAGGACGACCAGGAGGACCAGGAAGAGGACACCCUGUUCGACCAGGAGGAGGACACCCUCUUCGCCCAGAGGAAGGACCCCGGGAGGGGGCUGAAGAGUGCGCUGAAGGCGGCCACACCGGGAUGCGACGACCGGGUGGAGGUGGUCGGUGGAGGGAGGGGGGGAUCCGGAGCGUGCGGGCGCUGGAUGGUCACCCUGGCGUUGUGUGCAUCCUUCCUGGGCUUGGGGAUGAGUAUCUCUGUCCUCGGCCCCACCUUCGAGGACCUGGCUGCGAAUGUGAAGAAGAACAUCAGCAACAUCUCCUACAUCUUUGUGGGCCGCUCUGCCGGGUACAUCGGGGGGUCGCUGUUGGGAGGUGUCCUCUUUGACUGCAUGAACCCCCACCUCCUGCUGGGGUUAUCCAUGCUGGUCACAGCAUUUGGGAUGUGUGCCAUCCCUUUCUGUAAGCAGGCUCUGAUCCUCACCGGCCUCAUGUCCAGCAUCGGCAUGUCUAUGGGGGUUUUAGAUACAGGCGGUAACGUCCUCAUCCUGAACACGUGGGGCGAGCAGGCCGGCCCUCACCUCCAGGCUCUGCACUUCAGCUUUGCUGCCGGGGCCUUCGCGUCGCCGAUCAUCGCCAAGUUGGUGUUUGGGCCCGGACUCACAUCCAACAGCUCCGCCCCUCCCGCCAUCACAGAGCCCAUAACCAAACCCCCCGACACUCACACACUCAUCCACUACAUCCACAGCAGGACCAGCACCCUCAAGUCCAUGUGGGCUUACGUCGUGAUCGGCUGCUUCGUCCUCCUCACCUCCCUCCUCUUCUUCGUCCUCUUCUCUCGCGGCAGCCGGUCUCAUGAAAAAGCCCGCUCGGUUUCGGGAAAGCUCCACGUGGCCAAACACCACCGGGCCCUCAUCGUCCUGCUCUUCUUCUUCUUCUUCGCCUACGUGGGAGCUGAGGUGGCGUACGGCUCCUUCAUCUUCACAUACGCGAAGGACUUCGCCCACAUGCAUCAGGUCCAGGCGGCGGGGCUCAACUCGCUGUUCUGGGCCACGUUCGCCGCCUGCAGAGGGCUCGCCAUCUUCUUCGCAGCAUGCAUGUACCCGGCCACCAUGAUCCUGCUCAGCCUGGUGUGCUCCACCGUGUCCUCGCUGCUGCUCUGCCUCUUCAGCAGAGAGCGUGCGGCGCUGUGGGUCUGCACCGGUCUGUACGGGGCGUCCAUGGCCACCACCUUCCCCAGCGGGAUCUCCUGGGUGGAGCAGUACACCACGGUGACGGGCCACACGGCGUCGGCCUUCGUGGUGGGCGCGGCGCUGGGAGAGAUGGUGCUGCCAGCUCUGGUGGGUUUCCUGCUGGGGAAGUUCCCAGACCAGCCUCUGCUCAUGUACCUGUCCCUCAUCACCGCCACCUUCACCUCCAUCCUCUUCCCCGUCAUGUACAAGCUGGCCUCAGCGCCCAGCGGCCAGAGCAGGAAACCACGCGGGGCCAGGGGCCGGCCCGACACGGACGACAGUGAGUUCCGUCAGGCGCUGCUGGACUCAGGAGCCAACGAGGAAGAGGAGGAUGAGGAGGGGGAGCAGGACAACGAGGCGGAUCAGUGGAACGAUGCAGACUUUGAAGUCAUCGAGAUGGACGACGCGUCGAGUCUCGUCAGCUCGCCGAGCAAGGCGUCCUCUCCCCCUGAUGUCACGGGUAUGAUGGCGGGCUCCGCCUCCUCCAGCUCCCCACUGAAGGAGGCGGCAGGUGGCUUCUCCGACACCGUGUCCCUGGUAGGAGACUCCCCCAGACGCAAACUGCUCCUCUCUCUGGACCGAGAGAAGAGAGACUGAGAGCUGCUGAGGCUGAUGGUUAUACGGAGCUGUGCGGUGAACACCACUACAGAGCAGUGAGGAGCCACAGUGUGGACUGCUGGAGGACACACACUCUGCAGGGUGGACAUGUGGACUCUCUUUGAGUCUGUGUUGGUCUCUCUCACAGGGAGGUCAAAGGUCAGCUCUGGGAGGACUCUGUGCCUUGCUGGAGGACACUCAGGCAGAGUGGAUAAAGGGGAGCAGGGAAGUCAUCCUCCCCCUCUUCAUCACUCCAUCCUGCUGCCACAUCCAGAUGUUUUGAACAUGUGAUUGGUCACUUUGCAGUGAUGUCAUCAGAGGGACAGGUGUGUGUGCGGUGCAGGUGUGAUCUGGUCUCUCUUCUUGUUGCACUUUGUAAAGUCCAGAGUUUUGAUUUAGUGCUGGUCUGAGGCCGGGUUUGGGUUUCUGUCAGCUGAAUCACCUUUUCUUCCUCCAGUCUGCCGUCAUGACUCUCAUGUGUCAGACCCAGCAGAGUGAUUGUUCCCUCAGUGAGAGCAGACUCCGCCCACCGACCAAUCAGGUCGCUCGAUCACGGAGCUCUGUGAGCUGAUCGUGAGGGAAGGGGAGGGGAGAGACGGGCAGGACACUUUGUCUACCUGUAUGAUUUUACAUAUCAAACAUAUCAAACCUGACGUCAUUAAACAGAGUCUGAAACACGUGAGUCAGGGGAAGCUGGUGUUGUUCUGUAUUAAAUAUAAAACUGUGCCUGUUUAUCA